AUGGGAUGUUUUUGCAGUAAGCAAUUAGAAAAAAUAAGGCGUGAAAAUUUUUCGCUUCUUGCUUCUCAAACCUUUUUUAGCGAGGCUGAAGUUGAAGUUCUUCAUGAAUUGUUCAUAAAACUCGCUUCGUGUAUCAGCAACGAAAAACUUAUAACCAAAGAGGAUUUGCAAUUUAUCUUAAUCAAGGACACCAAGAGACGCAGUCUUUCGACAGAGCGGAUUUUUGGAUUGUUCGAUAUGAGAAACGAUGGGGCUAUAGAUUUUGGAGAGUUUGUACACUCUCUCAACAUUUUCCACCCAAACUCAUCACAAAGAGAUAAGGCCAUAUUUGCAUUUCGAUUAUACGAUACUCGUCAGACUGGAUUUAUUGAGCCAGAAGAGGUGAAAGAGAUGAUAAUAGACGUUGUAGAAGAAUCAGAACUGAUGCUAACCGAAAGUGUCAUCGACUCCAUUGUGUCUAAGACAUUUGAAGAAGCGGAUUGGAAAAAAGAUGGGAAAAUUGAUUUGGAAGAAUGGGAGAAUUUUGUGACAACCUAUCCAUCGACGCUCAAAAACAUGACAAUCCCUUUCUUGAAGGACAUACCAAGAAUUUUUCCAAGCUUUAUCAAAUAA